AAAUAAACUUCCUUCUUCCCGAAUAUAUUUAAAUGUUCAGUUUGAAUGUAUAAGUUUAGGAAUAAAAAAUCGUGUAGCAUCAUGGAAGGUAAUUUUGGUAAAUCGAUGUACAUGAGGAAUCCUAAAAUUGUGCUGAAUGAUGGAAGUGAUGACAAGCAAAUUAAGCUACAGGCUGCAGAGACUGAAAAUACAUCAAUGUCUGGUUUUGCGGGCAGAGGGUCUCCCCGAACUUCCUUCAAUUUUGGAAACAUUUCUGUGAAAGACUUGAAGCGGAGUUUGAAAGAACAGCUUUUGGAGAACAACAAGACAAGCAAUGAAUCUAAACCUUCCACUGACGUAAAUGAAACGACACCUUUUCCAAAUCACCUUGGAAUCCUAUCUGAUACCCAGAUUUCUAUGGUUGGCUCCUUGAGUUCUUCGCUGUAUUCUAAAGAGAAAAACAAACCCCAGAAGAAAAGCGAACCCGAAAAAUCUAAAGCAAACAAAGAAAAGGUCAACUUGAAUAAAAGUGUUACGAUUAAGAAGCCGUUAUUGGAUGAUCUGGGUAAUGUGUCGGUCAAGGAUAGAUCCGCGCCUUUGGUUAAAUUGAUCGUCCAGGAGGAAAGAGAGGCAGACAGACCUAAAAGUGAUAAAGGUGACGAAGAAGAGAUUAUAUACGAACAUGAACACUGUUUAAAAUGCUUUGAUAAGAACUGCAAAGAAAUGAAAGCUUGUCCAGUAGUGAAAUGCAAAAACAAAUGUGGCGAGGCAAUCUUUCAUAAAUGCAAACAGAGAGAACACAAUGAAAUGUGUAAGUAUACAAUAAUUCCGUGUAUUAACAAAACUAUCGGCUGUCCAAUGGAAAUGCCGAGAUGUAAACUUUCGUAUCAUCUUAAAAUAUGCUCUAAAAUGCAGCAGGAUACGAGAGGUAGACUAGUUGCACCGGAUACUCCGACCUACAGGCUUUCUGGUGAGUUUCGCCCCCGUCUUUCCACUAAACGAGGUGAAAAGUCUAUAGAAACAGUACACGAUCACUGUCUGCAGUGUCAUAACAUGAACUGUUCCGAAAACCAUGAAUGUAAGAUCAAAAGAUGUCCGAGCAAAGGCUGUUCAAUGAAACUUCAUGCGUGUAAAAUCAAGGAUCACAAAAGAAUUUGCCAAUUCAAAGAGAUCCCAUGCAUAAAUAAAGAGUACGGGUGUCAAUACAAACUGUCCAGAAUACUUCUUACAGAACAUUUACGUGAAUGUCCAGUCAUGAAUUUUGAAGCAUUGACAAUACCUCCAUAUAAUCUUUACCAGAAUAUCAUUGAGCAAAGUCACCAUUGUGAUAACUGCUUUCAACUGAACUGUAAAGCUCCGGUUGACAUAAACUGCUCACUCAGGGAAUGCUAUUGCGGAGUUUUUCUUCAUAAUUGUAAAAUGAGAGACCACUACGAAACUAUUUGCCCCGCAUUUGUCAUGCGUUGCAUAAAUUUUGAAUCAGGAUGCGAGAUGUUUCUUACCCGCUGCAUGUUGACAACACAUCUUCUUCACUGCCCCGCCAUGAAUUGGGAAGCACGCAAGAUACAGCCAAACAUGGAUGAAGAUGACCAAAAUGGCUAUUCUACAAUCAGUGAAACCACAAAAUUGUUAUGUAAAGAUAAUUCUAAUGAAGAACAUGUAUACGAAAAACUCCCAAAACGAGAGAGAAAAAGAAGAAAGAAUUGCAAAGUGAUGUAGAACAGAAAACGAAUUCUGAAAGAGCAGUAAAAUAAUGAACAAAUGUAGAGCGGGGUUUAAAACUGUUUCAUGAAAUACAUUUAAAUUUGAUAAUCAAAUUUUCAUGUUUAUGCCUUACAGUAGAACCUCUCUAAAACAUCUCAAAUGUAUUCAAAGUUUUUGAUGAUGUUAUUGUUCGUACAUUUAAUUAUAAUUUGCCAAUGUGCAUACAUAGUAAUGUGAAUUUAAUUUUCUUUGAGUUUAAACGGGGGUGUAUUGAACAACAUGACUAUUAGUCCGAAAUAUCUCAAGUUUCCAAGGCUUUUUUUACGAUUUUGAUAUUUUCGUGCCAUGAAAAAUCGACAAGUAAAAUAUCAAAUUCCUGAAGAAAAAAAACCAUGGAAAACGUCAGAUAUGUCGGACUACAUGACUAAUAGCAAAGAACUGAAAUUUUUGAAUCAUCAUUGUUUUACAUUUACGUAUCUACUUUUAAAAUAAUUCCCAAAGUUUUGUAUUAUGUACAAAUUAUACAUGUGAAAUAAUUAUCGGAAAGGUGAUCUGUAUGUGUAAUUAGCAUAACAGUUGAUUUUCCUUGAUGUUUUAAUAGUUUUAUGCAGCAGUGUGUUUCUUUUACUCAUUUUAUAUUAUAAGAAAAUGUGAAAGUCUUUACUUUCACCAAAAAAACAUUUAAUUGAA